AGCGACACACAUCAGAGGAGAAAUGGAAAUAGAAAUGGACUCAUAUUUUCUCUUUCUACCUAGCCAGUAAAGAAGUUGUAGUCCACGGAUAAUGAAUUACUAGCGGCAUAGCAUUCAUCCCUGAUAGAGAACUUCUACUUCGAGUUUCAUUCAUUUCUGGUAGCGCGCAAAACAUGAUGCACCGCUCGUGAAGAUGAAUGGGUUGCGAUUUCAUGUUCCCGCGACAGUAUCCGUAUUAAUUCUAAAAAAAGCCUAAUGCCACACGCAUAGGAAAACAACCAAUAAUUUCCCGAGCAUCUUUUGCCCCCCGAGCUGCUCCGAAGUAAGUUUCUCCUCCGCAACGACAAGUGGUGCAACAACGAACACCAACCAUGGCGCCUCCCCCGCAGUCGGUUUUUGGUACGCUGCCGAACGGCGGCGCCAGCGGUUCCUCCCAACCGUCGAAGCCGCUGAAGAGAAUGCAAACGACUUUGGAAUAUCAAUUGCAAAUAUGUCUGGGUCUGGAAGGAUGAAAGUGUGUCAUGCUUGUCUGGCAUGACUCGAGAAUCUGCGUUGCAUAGGCAGGAAAUGGCCCUCUUACCUGUCAUGCAAAAACGCAGUCUGCCAUGCGGAAAACGUAAGACAUGGCAGCCGAAAAAUUUGUCAUGUGCAGCUGCGUAUUGCAGUGCGUCUAUGAUUCACUUUAAGCAUUACAAGUUUCCGGACCCAGACAUAUUUGCAUUUCAUAUGGAAGCGCUCUACGAACGGAACCAGCGCAAUUCAAACGCUUCCUCCGGCCAGCAGUUUCUGUUCACGUUAUGAACUGCAAAUAUGUCUGGGUCUGGAAGAUUGCAACUUGUGAUGCGGACUCCGGAUUCUAAAAAAAUCUGUAUUGCAUGACCGGCAAGAGGAGCCCAGUUUGUGCCACGCGGGGAAGGCAUUUGUCACGCGGGAUAGGCAUCGAUCAGUAAGGCCUUUAAGAAUAUGUGAUGCUAGAUCAUGCAUUACAGACAUUCUGAGUCAUGCAAAAGAUGCAUGACAAACCUGGUAACCUUCCCGACCCAGACGUUUUUGCAUUUGAUACACGUCCUCCGUCCACAAGUCCUCCUCUUCCAGGGGGAGGAACCCAGCUUCGCGGCAGCAGGGGAAUAACACGUCCGUCCAGAGCAGCAACCCGAGCUGUUCUUUAUCCCAACUUAUCAAAUGUAAAAAUGUCUGGGUCUGGAAGGUUGGAACUUGUGAUGCUGUCUUUGGAAGGUAAAAAAAAAUCUGUAUUGCAUGACCAGCGAGAGGAGUCUAGUUUGUGCUACGCGGGGAGGGCAUUUGUCAUACGGAGUAGGCAUCAGGAAGCCCACUAAAAAUCUGUGAUGCUAGGUCGUGCAUUACAGACAUCCUGGGCCAUGCAAAAUAUGCAUCACAAAUCCGGCAACAUUCCAGACACAGACAUUUUUGCAUUUCAUACAACUGUUUCAGGACGGGCACGAGCGGCUGCGAAACCGCAACUACUUGGCAAACGAUCUGUAUGGAAGCGUCAGGACUGAAAUCGUCAAAGUUGAAAUAGUUUGUAAUGCAUAAAAUGCAACCCACAAAAUGCCUCUCUUGCAGAGUAGGCAAGGGAGGCAGUAAGCCUGUCGAGGGGUUGUAGACAUAGAGCUGCUAAAGUAGCACGACAAAAGGCGUCUUCCUUACCGGAGCAGCAUUACAAACUGGAUUCCGGCGCUACCCAAAUUUGUCAUGCGCAUCUUGGAAACUGGGUUACAACGGGCAUCCUUUCUAUGCAUGACAAAGCAUUUCAACUUUGUCGAUUUCGAUCCUGACAGCUCCAUAGCCUGCACGUGCAGAAUGUGAUCGCGGAAGGGCUGGCGAAGUUUUCCCAAGAUGUCCUUAUGGAUUGCAAAAGUGUCUGGGUCUGGAAGUUUGUCAUGCACAUUUUGCAUCACCGGCGAGGUCUGUGAUGCAUGCGCGAGCAUCACAGCUAUUGUGACGGCUUUCUGAUGCCGAUACUGCAUGAGAAAUGCCCCCUCCGAGUAGCAAAAAACGCAUAUCUUUUGCUUCUCCUGCAAUACAGAUUUUUUCAGGAUCCAAAUGCAGCAUUACAAGUAAUACAUCCUUCCAGACCCAGACAUAUUUGCUUUUGAUAGUCCGCGACAGCACGCGACUGGGCGGUGGCGCCGGGAGCGGCGCUGGUUCGGUGCCGCUCGGGGUGGGCGCGGGAAGUGGCUUGGCCUCGAACAAGUCGAAGGUAGAUUUUUGUACUGAUUUCAUGUUUGAAGUUGUACUCACGUAAUAUUAUGCUUCUCCGUCGCAUCGUUUGAUUUUUCAAGUCGAGGCUCUUGUACUUGUAGGUAGCGAUGUUGGAAAAUUGGGUCGUUUCUCAUCCACUUUUCAACCUGCACUGUCCUGCUGCAUAUGGGGCGUUUUUGACGUGGGGUAGUUCUCCUCAUGAGAAAAAAAAAUGAUACAGUUGUGAUUCGUGCACUUUUUUCAACAACCAGAAUGCAAAAGGAAAAGCCUUCCUUUUCCUACUACUAAACAGCUGCACCGACUUCUGCAAGACUCCCGGACGGACUACCAGGACCGCGAGCUUUCGGGCCUGCAGCUGCUGCAGCAAAUCGACUUCGAUGCGCCUCACCAGUUGGAGCAAGACGGAACCUACCCGGGACAGGAACAUGACGAGCUGCAGUUUCAAACCAAAGGGUCCGCUCGGGGUGGAACAGCUUCUUCCCGGUUUGACUUACUACACGACGACGUUUUAGAGGACGAAGCGACGGAGGGAACUGGGCGGGGGCCCGUGGUGGCGCAGUCUUUUUUGAACGAAUUGCACAACACGCUGACUAGCAGCAUCGAAGAAUCGAUGAAGGACAGCUUCUACAAGGCCAACGCAAAAUCCUCCGCGAAGUUGAAUUACCAGUGGAACACGAUGAAAAAAAAGAUCAUCGAGCAGAUCCGGGCCGGGAACGACCUGGGCACGGAUUUUUUGCUGAACCUCUCCGGGGGAGCCCCCGCGGUGGGGAAUCAGGCCAGCCGGCAGAAGGGCGUGGUCCUGUCGGGCGGGGGAACUAGUGCAAACGGCGGCGCAGGUAGGUCUUCGGCGUUACUGGUGCAGCCGAACACGACGGGGAAUUUGCACCAGAACUUGCAGAUCGAGCGCGAUAUCGCGGAACUGUUCAAUCGGAGUUCCUUUAUGACCAUCGACCGCCUGGCCUUCGAGGUGUACUCGCUGUCGCUGCAAAGUUACAGCGGGAGCGAGUACUGCAGCGACCUGAAGUUUUUGUGGGAACUGGUGCUGGCAUUGGUGGGACAAGAUCCGAUGACGAUAAGUACUUUUUAUCAGUGUCCUCUAGAUAAAGAUUUUUUAAAUUCAUGGUUUUAUAAUUGUGUUGCGAUUGUUGUAAACAAGGUAAAAAUCGUGGUAGUUGCAGGUGUCUUGUGGCAGGUCCUCACCUUGUAUGUGUCGAGAGACCACGACUGCUAGUGUACUUUUGCUAGUAUGAUAGAAAAAUUAGUUUUUCGCUCUACGCUCGUAUACUUCUGAAUUCCAUUAUGCACAAUAUUAAAAAACAGCCGCUCCCUUGUUAGUCGACCGGGGGAUCGUAUCCAAGAAAAAAACUGUGUUAGUGUAACUUUCUUUGGCUGACAGCAUCACAAGUUUGCUCUACAUGACAGAGAAUGUCUGUCAUGCAGGGUUUGUAAGGGAAAACACACAUGAAAUGAGGACUGCAUGGCUGUCUGGCAUGACAGAUGUAACUCUGUUACAUUUUCUGCAUUACAGAGUUACACUUACACAGCUUUUUUCUUGCAUAAGUCGAGUUUCUGCGGAUGUGGAAAAUCAGCGAGAUUCGGGAUUCCUGCAAACAGAUGCCACGUAUGAACUGCAAAAGUAUCGUGCCCGUAGUAGUUGCGGCCAUGCAUCGCAAAUUUUUUUCUUAAGGUAAGUCCGCAUUACAAAAUUUAUUUCUCAUGCUGAGGAAAUUUGUAAUGCAUUUACAUGAGUACGAUUACGAUACUUUUGCAAUUCAUACCACGAACGGCGGAGCAAGACAUAUGCAGUCUGCUGAUCAAUUACGGCAUGAUCAUAUGGGACGACGCCCACUUCCCCUCCACCGCUGGACACGCAUGGUAUAGCACUUGUUCUCUGUACUAGACUAUGUUGAAUGUGUAAUUGCAGGAGGAGAGUACAACUAGCAUCUGUCAUGCACAAAUACCGUAAACAUUAACAUCACAACAACAUCAGGUUCCUCGUUUUCCACGCGCUGCGCGUAGAUAGUCCGGAGAUGCUGCGGUACCUGCAAUCCGAAGCGAGGCUGCGGCAGUAUCGACUGGGUAAAAACGAGUUCCCACAGGUGGAGAACGAGGACAACAUCCGUAGUGUCAUGCGACGAGUCAUCUGCAUAGAGCAGUUGAACAAGGCCCGCGCAGGAGCAUUCUUGAGUGUGGUCCUUUCCACUUGAUCGGAUUUCUGGCACUGGCCAAGAACACCACCGCACAGUAGCUUUUUGCUCUGCGGAUUCAACAUGAGAUUUGGCAUUUCGAGUAGCAACAACCAAAGAUACAUCUCAUCUGUAGUACUAGAGUUCUCAACACCUCCUCCUUGUUGAUACCACGUUCUUCGUGGGUCCUGUUUUUACGCAGGAUAGGCAGUGCUUUGCGAACGCAGCGGAAUUCGAUUUGUGUGUGCAAACCUGCAUUCCGGUGCUGAUCUCGCUGCUCCAGGGCACCUCGGUUUCAUUGGAGCACUCCUAUCAAAUGCAAAAAUGUUUGGGUCUGGAAGAUUCUGACACUUGUCACGCACGGUUUGCAUGAGCCAUGAUGUCUGUGAUGCGUGCCCUAGCGUCACAGGUUUUUUGAGGGAUUCGUGAUGCCUCUUCCGCAUGACAAAUGCCCUCUCCGCGUAGCAAGAUUGAGAAUCCUUUUGCUGCUCAUGCAACACAAAUUUUUUAGACAUCCAAAUGCAGCAUCACAAGUUGCAUUCUUCCAGACCCAGACAUUUUUGCAUUUGAUAACUCCGUCGUAGCUACCAUCGAGUCCGCACUGGGAUCUGGAAUCCACAUAUCCAAGAAAAAAACGUUGUUACUGUAAAUUUGUGAUGCGCAAGAUGCAAAGUGAUUGCGUCUGUCAUGCUUGGCAAGCGUCGUAGGGUCCAUUAAAGGGCGUUUUCACGUACUAUCUGCGCAUGACAGGUUUUUGCCGUCAUGCCAGACAAAUUUGUAAUGCUGUUCCUCCAAAAAAGUUACACCUGCAAUGUUUUUUUCUUGGAUAUCACAGGAUGUGGGGGAAUGAGGCCGGGUAUCAUAUACUUACAACUUGAUGAUAAUGAUGCUCACUUGAUGAGGUGGGUGUUAGCAUUCGGUUCUUUCACGUCGACAGUACCAUACUGAGUUUGUUCUCUACUCGAGAGGCUCAAGAAGUUAUUCUGCAAAGAUUGGCAUGCUUUACAAGGUAGGUCAUCAAGGCGCGUGGUUCAUUUCGAAAGCAAACCGCCUAGGAAUUUGUAUAAUGAAGAAACUACAAAGCGCACAACCAGACUGACUUAUUCUCGAAAUAUAAAAAACACAGCAACGCCACUUCCGGGCACCAUCAGCAGCACUACGGUGCGGGUUACAACCCGGGUGGCCAGCCGCAGAUGUCCACCACCAACCGGAGCCAGCAGAGCCAGAACGGGGCGGUGUUCCGGGAGUUGUAUCCUGUGUAAAAACGUCCCCACACCAUAGUUGUCAUGCAGAUUUGCCAUGACAGGAACAUUUGUGAUGCGCAGCCCGAUGACAGGCAUUUCCAAUCGUGUUUGGGAACUUGUAAUGCUGUAAACAGGAUCAGCAGAUCGAUUUGUGAUGCGGCUUUCCUUGCUAACUGGCACUACCUUACGGACUGAAACUUGUCAUGCGUGACCAUCAAAACUUCUAGGUUUGUGUUGCAAAGUCCCCAUCUUGACUCUGUGGUGGGGACGUUUUUACUCAGGAUAAGUUGUGUCUGAAACUUAUCCUGGGCGAGGAUUUCCCUUUUGAAGACACUUCGCUCACUAUGCAAGAAAAAAACUGUGUAAGUGUAAAUCUGUGAUGCAGAAAGUGCAAAACUGUUACACUUGUCAUGCUGGAUCUGCGUCAUACGCUACUCUCAUACGUGUUUCCACGUACUAGCUGCGCAUGACAGAUUUUCCCUGUAAUGCAAAGCUAAUUUGUGAUGCUGCUCUUCCUACACAGUUACACUUACACAGUUUUUUUCCUGGAUACUCACGCUCCAGGAGGAACAGUACCACAUCCCGAAUUUCUCGAAUCACCCACGCGACAUGUUCUCGGAGCGCAUGCGGACCUCAGAGAACCUGGUGUGGCAUAACCUGCUGUUGGUCAAGAACAAAAGGUGCUCGCUGGAAGAGUACCAAGAGAAAAUCAUGUAUGGGAGUGUCAGGAUUGAAAUCGACAAAGUUGAAAUGAUUUGCUAUGCAUAAAAGCGAUACCACUUGGAAGCCCAAUUUGCAAGCGGUUGCGUGACAAGUUUUCGGAGCACCGGAAUCCAAUUUGUCAUGCUGUUUGGGCACAGAAGACUGCUUUGGUCGUGCUCCUUUAGCAAGUCUAUCCCAAACCCUAAAGAGGCUCACAAUCUGCCUCGCUUGCCAUCCCGGCAAGACAGGCACUUCAUGCCUUGCAUUUUAUGCAUGACAAAUCAUUUUAAGUUUGUCGAUUUCAAACCUGACGCUUCCAUAUCAUGUCCAUCAUUGAGUGGACGGACGCGCGCAAGUCCGGCGGCAGCAUCCUGGGCGGUUUCGGCAGCAGCAACCUGAACAUGAUGUCCUUUUUCCAGCAGGGCAGCCGGUUCGGGGGGGCAAAUAUGGGUCUGCUGAGCGGGGGAACUUCGGGCGCGGACGUGGCAAACUUUUUGAAUAUCAAAUGCAAAAAUGUCCGGGUCUGGAAGAUUGCCAGGUUUGUCAUGCAGGUUUUCUAUGGUUCAUAGGGUUUAGAAUGCAGCACCUGGCAUGACAAAUUCUGUGAGAUCUCUAUCAUGCCUCUCCUGCAUGAGAAGUUCCCUCUCAACUUGGUAAAAAAGGACGGCUGUUGGUAAUCACGCAACACAGGUUCGUUGCAUGAUUCAGAUUUAGCAUGACAAGUUGCAACCUUCCAGACCCAGACAUGUUUGCACCCGAUAUUGAACACGACGAAACAAUCCCAGUUCCAGCUGGAUGACAUCAAAUUACUGUUUCUUUCUAUCGCAAGAAAAAACUGUUUCACUGUGAACUUGUGAUGCAGAAAAUGGAACACAAAACUCUUUGUCUUGCUACACCUGCAAGACAUUGGAUUUUGAAGCGUGUUUUCCCUUGGGAAGCGCGCAUGGCAAGUUUUCCGCGUCAUAUGUAACAAACUUGUGAUGCAGAUAUUGCAAAAUCAUCACAGUGAAACAGUUUUUUCGUGGGAUACUCUCCUUACAGUACGCGAAGGGGCUCCGAGCGCUGAAAAACCGAAACCCGGCCUUGCUGUAUUGUUUCUUUUUGUGUUAUGAUAUAAAUGAUUUGCAUUUUCUUUCGAUGCCCUAGUCUAGUUGCCUUGACUUCAACAGUUCCACCACGAUGGGCAUGCAAAUCCACGCGCAUGAUUGUUCUUUUUUGUAAAUUGAGACACGACCACGAGGACGACAAAGUUGUAUUGGUAAUACUCACUUCUACAACCUCAGGUCCUCUAUCACGAUCCAUCUGGCGGUGACACUGGCGAAAGCCCACGUGUUGGAUUUUGACAAGGAAAAAUACCUAUCAAAUGCAAAUAUGUCUGGGUCUGGAAACUUGUAAUGCUGAGUGGCUUAGCAUGUGGAGGCCACAAAUGCUGGCUCCGCAUGACAAGUUCCUAGGCUUCUAAGUGUUGCCUAUUCUGCAUGACAAACUGCGUUUCUCGAUCACAGGAAAAUAGGGCUUUUCGGUAACGAGCAUGACAGACUUAAGAGUCUUGCUAUGCUAGCAUGACAAACCUUGCACUUUCCCAGACCCAGACAUAUUUGCAUUCGAUAAAACCCCUACGUCGACGAGAUUGUGAACUACAGCAACCAGCUGUUUUAUCCAAGAAAAAAACUGUGUUAGUGUAACUCUGUAAUGCAAAACAUGCAACAGAGUUACACCUGUCAUGCCACACAGCCAUGAAGUCCUUUUUUCAUGUGUAUUUUCCCUUACAAGCCAAGCAUGACAGGUUUUCUCUGUCAUGUAGAGCAAAUUUGUGAUGCUGUCAGCCAAAGAAAGUUACACUUACACAGUUUUUCUCUUGCAUAUGUUUGACGUGAGCGAGCAGUUGAAUUACAUCCAAAUCCUGCAGUAUCGCAAGAAAAAACUGUUUCAUUGUGAACUUGUGAUGCAGAAAAUGGAUCGCAGAAGUGUGUGUCAUGCUACACAUGCAAGACAAUUGAUUUCUAGCUGUUUUUUCCCUUGGGAACCCCGCAUGACAGAUUUUCAGUGUCAUGCGUAACAAACUUGUGAUGCAGAUUUUGCAAAAUCACCACAGUGAGACAGUUUUUUCGUACGAUAUGCAGCCCUUUGACCGAAAAUACGCCUAUCUGCGGAUUUUAAAGUCCUUCACGCAGUCAAAUGCGGAAGUGGUAACAAGUACCGCUCCGGGCUCGGGUGGAGUAGGAGCAGCUUCGACAGGGAUUAGUAACAUGCUAGUACCCGACCACGACAAUAAUUUUUCUCCCCUGGAGCUUCUGACCGGAAAAAUCUUACUCGACGGCUCCCACACGAAGGGCCUGUUGCAGGAGUCUUUGGAAGCGAAAGUCGACCAUUUGAACCGGAAAAGAGAGAUGAAAAUGAAGGGCAACAACUCGAGUGGUUCUUCCAGUAACGGCGCAGGAGAGCUGUUGAUGAACAACAAGAUUUCCUCCUCCAAUGACACUACCAGCGAAUUUCGGAGCAUCAUGGAGUCGCUGGGGCUCGACGCCCUUCGUCGCGGGAAGUACAUCCUGGCGUUGCGGUUUCUCCACCUGUCCACCAACUACCGGAAAGUGUUGGAAACCAUGCAGCGGAUUCUGCGGCUCCCCGCUUUCACGGAGGUGGCCAGCUGCGGCAGCCGCAACUUGUCUUCCGGUGCCACCUUCACCCCCGGUCAGGAGCCGAUUGGCGGGGGCGGGGCUGGUGGUGGAGCCACUAGUACUUCCAUGUCGGGAGGUGCGGCUAGUACUACCGCGUGGACAAAUAGUUUUAAACUGCGGCAAUUAGAACAGGAGUGCCGCAAGUUCUUGAGCAUGUACGCCGAUUACGGGGCGUCGUUCGGAAUCGAUGUGAAUUCCUCUAACAACUCCGGUAUGGUUGUGACAAACGCGGCGGAUCAUGGCACCCGUGCGGCGCAACAGACCACGCGGAGUUCGGACGAAAUCACGAGGGUGUGGAGGUUCGUCUGCAAGCUGUGGCGGUUGAAACACUUCCACGACUGCGUCCGGGACCAGGGAAGGUAUAGAAUUAGAAGUUUGUUCUAUGAUCAUGUACUUAGUACGAACGGCUUUUGAAGAAGAUGCUGCGAAGAGGUGUUGUCAUGCAAAACUCACAACAUCGCAAUCGCAAUGCAUGCUUGGUCGUGCAGAACAUUUCGACAUAAUGCAAAUAAUUAUCAAAAAAGAACGACCUCUACAACGUGAACUCAGGUACGAAGAGGCUUUAGAGCUUUUCGAUCGGGAGGAAUUUCUUUCCAACCCGGAUGAGCAAAUGCUCCCCGGCUUUUUUUCCGUCGACUACACCAAAAUCCUGGAGACGUACAUCAGCCUACUGACGCGGUACUACGCGGCGGACCAUUUCGGGAAUACCGCGGGGGGCGGCAUGCUGCAGGACCAGCUGCUGCCCGGGAGUUCGGGAUCCCAAAUCUUGCGGCAGAGGCUGCUGCAGGUUCAGAACUUUCUGUCGAAAAACGGACACAUCUCUGUGUCACCGAACGCGCGGUACUUUAUGCAGCAACUAUCGCUGAAGUGAGGCGGGAGGUUUUUGAUGUUGUUCUGAGCCAGCAUGUAGUUGCGGCGAAGUCAAGGACAACGAGCAGUACGAAUUUUCCAGAAGAAAAAAAUGGAGAAGAUUUAUCACGCGCAUUUAGUAUUUUUCCAUUGUUUAUUUCCAAGAAAUAAUGAUCUUCUUGUUCUGGAGCCGCUGCAUCGAGGUUCAGUUCACCACGAGAAGAACACCAGAUGAUUUUUUUCGGUGGUCAGAAGUGGAGGAAAGUAACACGAUGAAAAUAAAUACAUGGUCAGCUACUUCAGAAGUUGUACGCGGCUUGUUUUAACAAGUAGAAAAGGCGACGCUGAAGGGUCGUGUCCGCAUCUAGUCGACAUCUUUGAAUUUAUACAAUGAAUCUUUCUUGCGACAAAAUAAAUACCUUGCGCUUGCCCACAGAAAUAU